AUUCGCCCCUCCGCGCUCCGCCUCGUCUCUCUCUCUCAGUGGCCUCGUCCCUCCGCCGUCUGCAUCCAUCUCAGUGUCUCAUCUGCGAUUCCUUCGACAAAUCCAGAGUGAGCUCGCUAAAACUGUUACUCCAGGGAUUCGACUUGCGUCAUCCAUCAGCUAACAGCCACAUCUUGGAUUCCCCGUCUCUUUCCUUAUCGCAGGGAGCUUUGAGCUUUGUAUUUUACAGGCCUGAUUGAUAUACGGUAAAGAACUCAUCAAAGAGAAUGCUUGGUGGCAUCAAGUUUAUUCCUCGUGAUCAGAUUGAUAAAGCAGAAGGAGAGAAUCCAGAUGCAAAAAAGGAGAAAUCAAGUAGUAGAAAAGAAAAGGCAGGGAGAAAAAAGAAGGCUUACAUUAGUUCAGAUGAUGAAAUUGAGAAAAUAGAUAAAGGGUCUAGAAAAAAGAAGUGGUAUUCGUCUGAUGAAUAUUCAUCAUCACAAAGUGAGAGUGAGGACACUUCCGAUCAGGAAGGAAACAAGCGCCAGAAUAAAAGAAGGAAUAAGAGAAGCAGAAGUAAUGUAUCAAGGGAGGAUAGGUCCAAGAAAGGAUCAAGGCGUGGUAGGAAACAAUAUUCAUCUGAUGAUGAUUAUUCUACAACUUCGGAAGAUGGGAACCAAAAAAGUGAAAAAGAGGGAAGGAAAAAAGGUGAUACUAAUCCUUCGGCUUCUCUAAAGGAGAAUGAAAUUGUAAGAAAAGAAAUGGGAUUGGACUGGAUGCUUAGACCAGCAGAUAAGGUGGAUAGGACACCUACGGUGAUGGUUGACAAACAGUCCGAGGAGCCUCCAGGGGAGGUAAAGAAAGUGAAUCCCAGAGAAAUGAAUCCAUAUCUUAAGGAUAAUGGAAGUGGUUAUCCAGAGGAAGCGGAUGAAAAAACAGGUGCUGGGGAUAAACUUUUAUCUUCUUCACUUGUUGGUGAUGGAGGUGCAAGUUGGAAGCUAAAAGCCUUAAAGCGUGCACAAGAGCAAGCUGCUAGAGAGGGGCGAAAUUUUCAGGAUGUUGUUGAAGAAAGGUGGGGUUCUCUUGGUAAGCUGGCUGUCUCAGCAGCAUCUCAUAGAGCUGCUCCAUUUCGUGCUCAUCUACAUGCCAUAAAGAACAGAAAGCAAGGUCAAGCAGAUGAGAACCAAAUGGAUGAAAGCAAACAACAUGAAAGAUAUACUGAAAAGAACACAGGUCGAGAUUAUUUGCGAGAUGUUUCUCUUCGGCAUUCUGAAAUGAAAGCUCCUAAAGUCCGUGAUUCUUUAUCCUGGGGAAAACGAAAAGGCCACAAUUUGCCUGCUGAGAGUGCUGGCCUUGUAUCAGCUGCUGUAUCUGGCUUAAAUAAGUUUGCAAAUGAUGGAAACUUUAUACAGGAAUUUCUUCAUAAGCAGAGUAAUGACUCUGCAAUAUCUGUUUCACAUACAAAUCAGGUUGGAAAUGUGGAGUCAGAAGAGGUAUCACCAGUGAAAAAAAAGGUUGGUGAAGGCACUUCUAUGGUUAAGGAGCCGCUGACCACAAACCAAUUGGCAGCUAAGGCUUUGCAACUUAGAAUGAAAGGAAAGCAUGAAGAAGCUGAGAGACUUUUGCAAGAAGUAGAGAAUAUGAAGGCAAAGCAGGGUGCUGGAGGUGAUUCACACCGACAGCAGAAUAUUGAGAGCACAAGCAGAUAUGUUAUUCAAGAUUUCUCCAAGCGGAAAGGGAAGGAGGAAGAUGAUGGUGAUAUGCAUCUAGCUCGAAAAAUAAUGCAGAACAAGCAAUAUGGUCGGGCAGAUGAUGAAUAUGAUUACGAUGAUGGUCCAAGCAGGAAGUCUCGGAAAAAGGGAAGAGACAAUGAUCAAGUGGGAAAGCAAAAUUUUGCGAAGCGCAUCUUGCCUCAGCAAGAGCGCUGUCUUUUCUGCUUUGAGAACCCAAACCGCCCCAAACACCUUGUCACUGCGAUAGCAAAUUUCACAUACCUGAUGUUGCCACAGUGGCAAUCUGUUGUGCCAGGUCACUGUUGCAUCUUACCAAUGCAGCAUGAGUCAUCCACAAGGACUCUUGACGAUAAUGUGUGGGAAGAAAUACGUAACUUCAAGAAAUGCCUUAUUAUGAUGUUUGCCAAGCAAGAAAAAGAGGUUGUGUUCUUGGAAACUGUGAUAGGGUUGGCCCAACAACGUCGCCAUUGCCUGAUAGAAUGCAUUCCUUUGCCCCGAGAAAUUGCAAAACAGGCUCCAUUGUAUUUUAAGAAGGCAAUUGACGAAGCUGAAGAUGAGUGGAGCCAGCACAAUGCAAAGAAGCUUAUUGACACAAGCAAGAAGGGGCUGCGAGGCUCCAUUCCCAAAAAUUUCCCAUACUUCCAUGUGGAAUUCGGUCUAGAUCGGGGAUUUGUGCAUGUCAUUGACGAUGAAAAGGAUUUCAAGAGCAGCCUUGGUCUAAAUGUAAUAAGAGGUAUGCUCCAGUUGCCCGAGGAGGAUAUGUACAGGCGCAGGAGGCACGAGUCUGUGGAGAUGCAGAAGCAAGCAGUCGCAAGUUUUGUCCAGGAUUGGGAACCAUUUGACUGGACAAAACAGCUUGAUUAGAUGUCAACUACAUCAAGCAGUUCAAAUCUCCUCUACUUUACCCAAUAGUUUCUGAUAUGAGUAUGACUCGUUGCAUUUUUUUCUCCCACUUUUUCUUGUUUCAUAUCUGCUUCAUUUGUGUUAGAAUUUUGACAUACCUAAAACAUGUCUAACUGGUGGCUGCUGAAAUCGUUCAGGGUUGACGUCCACCAAGGCGGCUUGAGGUAAGCCUUUGCCUGCUUAGGGUUAGAUCCUGGGAGGGCGUCUGUUCACAAUUUAUAUUUUUUUAUCUUAGACAAUAAUUCAAACACAUCAAU